AUCAAGAGCCUAGUGAAUGUGGAAAAUGUGAUAAUUGUCAAUGCCGUAUCAAAGAUAAUCCAAGUAUCUGGGAUGUAACAAUCGAUAUCAUAGAAUUACUACGUGUGGUAGAAGUCUUAACUACAACCUAUGACCAUCAAAUUACACCUGCUGAUAUAAUUGGUGUUUUUAGACGAUCUAAUGCUGCUAGAAUAAAAAAAUUGGGUUAUCAACAGUUGGAGGAAUUUUAUGAUCAAAAAGAUGUUAAAAAAUCAAAAAAGCCAAACCUAUUGAGCACUAUUGAACUCGCAGAAUUUGCACUUAAAGACUUA